AGCAAUCUGCUGCUCCUGCUUGUGCAAAAUUUGAGUCGCAUCGACUUCGAGGGAAAGAAGGAUGUCGCACAGGUCUUCAAUAACAUUCUGCGGAGGCAGAUCGGAACUAGAUCGCCCACCGUAGAAUACAUAUGUACCAAACCUGAAAUUCUUUUUACACUUAUGUCUGGUUACGAACAUCAAGACAUCGCACUCAACUGUGGCACAAUGUUGCGAGAAUGCGCGAGAUACGAAGUUCUGGCCAAGAUCAUGAUCUACUCGGAUGACUUUUACAACUUCUUCAGAUAUGUCGAGGUCUCCACGUUCGAUAUCGCGUCUGACGCUUUCUCUACGUUUAAAGAAUUACUUACGAGGCACAAAAUACUCAGCGCCGAAUUCUUAGAGAUACAUUAUGAUAAAGUUUUCUCGCACUAUCAGAGGUUACUCAAUUCAGAAAACUAUGUAACACGACGACAGAGUUUAAAACUGCUGGGCGAGCUAUUGCUCGAUAGACACAAUUUUACAGUUAUGACACGAUAUAUAUCAAAUCCAGAUAAUUUGAAAUUAAUGAUGAACAUGCUGAAGGAGAAAUCUCGUAAUAUACAGUUUGAGGCUUUCCACGUCUUCAAGGUAUUUGUGGCGAAUCCCAACAAACCAAAACCCAUUCUGGACAUAUUGCUCCGCAAUCAGGAGAAGCUGAUCGAGUUCCUGACGCGCUUCCACACGGAUCGUUCCGAGGACGAGCAGUUCAACGACGAGAAGGCGUAUCUGAUUAAGCAGAUCAAAGAACUUAAGUCUGUACAUGAUAAUUAA